AUGCUGUUCAAAUCUGCCUACCCCGAUAUACACGGUACGUCGGCCACUCCUCCCAAAACCCCGCCAGAACGCAACCACCAACAAAAAAACCCACGCCUUCAAAAAGUCCCGCCCGACCUCACCCUCUGGCAAUGGCUCUUUGAAGGGCCCUCGCCCGCCGCCGGCUGCAGCUCCCCGGCCGCCGGCGCCGCUGCUGUCACGCGCGAGUACAUCAACACCCACACCAACACGCGCCUCACGCACGCCCAGAUGCGCGACGCCGCCGCCGCCCUGUCCGCCGCGCUGGUCCGCCGCGGCCUCCGCCCCGGGGACGUGGUCGCCCUCGUCUCCCCCAACGCCGUCACGUACCCCGUCUGCCUGCACGGCGUGAUGCGCGCCGGCGGCGUGCCGGCCGUCACGUCGCCGGCCGCCAACGAGACGGAGAUGAGGCACGCGCUCCGCACGGUGCGCGCCCGGUUCGUCAUGUGCGCGCCAGAGACGCUGCCCGUGGUGCGCGCGGCCGCCGCCAAGGAGGGCAUCGAUAAAGAGUGCGUGUUUGUGUUUGCGGAUGAGGAGGAUCGCGUCGACGGCCAUGUGUCGCUGAGUCAGUUGGUCGAGGAGGGCGCGCGGAAAGGAUGCAUGCCGCCGGUGGGCUUGCCGACGGGAAUGACGAGUGCGCAGGCGACGGCCUUCUUGUGCUUUAGUAGUGGCACGACUGGUCUGCCGAAAGCUGUCAUCAUCUCGCACGCCAACAUCAUCGCGCAGUGCCUCCAGCUGAACCUCGCUUACACCCACAGCCCCAUGGCCCUAGGUCUUCUGCCCUUCUACCACAUCUCCGGCCUGGUGCGCGCCCAAGUACACUGCCUGGUCAGCCACACGUCCAUUGCCGUGGUGCCGCGCUUCACGAUGCCGGCGCUGCUGUCUGCCAUCAGCACGCACCGCAUCGCCGAGGUGAACCUGGUGCCGCCGAUCCUGAUCCGGCUCGCGCACGACGCCACCGUGGCCGCCUACGACCUCUCGUGCGUCGAGCGCUGGGCGACGGGCGCCGCGCCCGUCAGCCCCGAGGUGCUCGCGCUGCUCGCCGCGCGCUUCCCCGGCACCGGCUUCAAGCAGGGCUACGGCAUGACGGAGACGACGGCUUGCGCGACGACGCACCCGCCGCACCUCUACGACUUUAAGCACGGUCGGUCCGUCGGCACGCUCGUCGCGGGGACUGUCAUGAAGGUGGUGAAUGAGGACGGCGUGGCUGUUGGGGUCGGGGAGCGUGGUGAGGGCCACAGAUUCGCGUCAAAGGACCGCAGAUUGUCCCCGGAUACCUACACAACCCCGAGGCCACGGCCGCCGCCUUUGACGCCGAGGGCUUCCUGCGCACCGGCGACGAGGGCUCCGUCGCGGCCCCAGCUCACCAUCCACGACCGCAUCAAGGAGAUGAUCAAGGUCAAGGGCGCCCAGGUCGCCCCGGCCGAGCUCGAGGACCUGCUGCUCGGCCACCCGGCCGUCGCCGACGCCGCCGUCGUCGGCGUCCCGGACGACUACGCCGGCGAGCGGCCCUUUGCGUUUGUCGUCCUGCGGCCGGGUGCCGACGCCGCGCGGGCCCCCGACGACGUCGUGGCGUACGUCAAGGAGGCCCGGACGAGGAGCAAGUGGCUCGCCGGCGUGCGCGUCGUCCACGCCAUCCCAAAGAGCCCGAGCGGUAAGAUCCUACGGCGAAUCUUGCGGGACGAGUAUAAGAAGGAUGCGCAAGCGCAGAGGGCAAAGCUGUAG